CACAUUGAUACCGUUCUUUUAUCUAUUAUUAUCGUUUAGAGGUUAUAAAUUUUAAACUUAAUAAAUUAGAAUUGGUAUGUUCUUAUAAGUACGAGAUAAUUAAAAAAAUAAAAAUAUCAAAAUCAAAAUGUCUACACGAUGGUAUCCUGUGUAUCAAAAAGGAAAUCCACAACUUAGAGUUUUUUUGCCAAACUUCUGGUUAAAAUUAGUUCAACCUGAACAUAAGCAACCUAAUAAUGUAGUACAAUUUCAAUGUUCUAUGGAAAUGACAAGACAUGAUGUGGCAAAUUAUUUAGAAAAAAUUUAUAAUGUAAAACCCGUUCGAGUAAGAACAAGAAUAGCACUUGGAAAAAUUAAACAACUACAUGGUCAUCAUUAUGUUAUUAAAGAUGAUGAUGUCAAGAUAGCUUAUGUUAUUUUGGGUAAAAAUCAAUCGUUUACAUUUCCUGAUCUUUUUCCAAAAGAUGAAAACAAAAAGGGACCAACUUUAGAUGACGCAAAAAAAGAAUUUCAAUCAUAUUUAGAUGAUUGUAAAGAGCCAAAUGCUCCUGGAUGGUUCAGAAUUUAGAUUUCAUAUUUUCAUUAUAUUUCAUCCAACAAAUGUUUAUUUUAAAACGUUAAAUGUUAAUCUAAAAACAAAUACAAUAAAGUUAAUUUAGUUUUUAA